AUGGAGGCUCUAGAUGCUGGCCUCCACGUUGAAGAGCCAGUGGGUGUCGAUUUAGUAUCAUGUGUGGAGGAGGUACCGGCUGAAGAGCCUCAGCAGUGUGAUAGAGAGAAUCAGUGCAUCGCUGAGGUUGAUGAGCAGUCUCUCAACCAAAUCAAGCUGCAGUGUGAAUUUUACUUCUCUGAUGCCAACAUCUUGAAGGACCAGUUCAUGUUAAACCAAGUGAAAUCUUCAAAAGAUGGUUGGGUCAAUCUGGGAAUAAUCGAGAAAUUCAAAAAAGUUCAGAAGUUAACAAAAAGCCAUGACGUCAUUAUUCGUGCCCUGGCGAAUUCUGAGAAGCUUGAGGUUUCAGAAGAUGGUUUGAUGAUCAGGCGGAGGUGUCCAUUACCUGAGUGGGAUCCUUCUGUUUACUAUCGAUCGCUUAUCGUUUCUGAUCUACCCGACGGGACGAAGUUAGAUCAUUCUGAUCUGACUGAAAUUUUCACGGUACGCUAUUCAAAGUAG